AUGAGUGAUUGCAAGUCUUACUCCUCUCCCAUGGCUACUAAAACUUCUGCUCUUUCUUCUGAUGCUGACUUACCUUUUAUUCAACCCUCUCUUUACAAAAGUUUAGUAGGUACUCUUCAAUAUCUAAGUAUCACUCGACCAGAUCUUGCCUUUGUGGUUAAUCAUGCCUGCCAAUUUAUGCCAACACCCUUGAAUAGUAAUUUUACCUUUGUCAAAAGGUUGCUCAGAUAUCUUAAAGGCACAUUGGGCCAUGGUCUUCAUUUCUCUAGUGGUCCUUUUAUUCUUAAUGCCUACUCUGACUCAGACUGGACAGGAAAUGUGCUUGAUAAAAGGUCCACUAUUAGGAAUGCUGAAGCAACUGUCAAGAGACAAACCUAUACUCCAGUGGUUCUGAAAUCACCAAGGGUGGAGAUAGCACCCAUCACCCAAGGGGCUCCGGAGUGA